UUUCUUUUUUUAAUUCAGGAUGUAGGAGACAGACGACCGUCUGAAGAUUCAGCCCAGAAAAGUGGAGGUAAUGUGAAGCACGAAGCGAAGAAAGUCAAAGUGUCCCCUGUAAGCUCCAAGAAACCGUCCACCGGACAGAUCAGACGCAGCGUACGGGAUUCUCUGGAAGAGAUUCUUCUAAAACGACUGAAGGAUUCCGAUAUGAAGAUUUCUUCGGACAAGCCCGCCGAGUUGGCCCGAAGGACGGAGAAAGAGCUUUUCGCUCUGUUUCAGGGCGUUGACAGUAAAUACAAAAAUAAAUACAGAAGUUUGACAUUCAACCUGAAAGAUGCCAAAAAUAAUGUGUUAUUCAAGCGUGUGCUAAAAGGGGAAGUGUCCCCUGCGGAUUUGGUGCGUAUGACUGCAGAAGAGCUGGCCUCUAAGGAACUUGCUGCUUGGAGACAAAGAGAGAAUCGACAUACGAUUGAAAUGAUCGAGAAAGAGCAGCGAGAAGCAGAGAGACGCCCCAUCACUAAAAUCACCCACAAAGGGGAAAUUGAAAUAGAGAACCAGGAACCUGCCAAGGCACCGGAGGCCAUAGAGGCUGAGCCCGAGCCGGUGCCGAAAGCAACAGAAGUGCCCGAGGAAAACCCCCCCGAGACAGUAGCAAAGAAAGCAGACAGUCCUAAGAAAUCUAUCGAUACCACCAGCUUGCACAAGUCUCAUCUUUUUGACCUCAACUGCAAAAUCUGCACAGGCCGUAUGCCUCCACCUUCAGAGGAACCCAAUACAAAGGUGGUGAAAGUGGCUACAACAGUGGUGAGGAGGCAGUCUAGUGCUGCAGACGAAUCUCAGCAAUCCACAACAUCUUCAUCAGCACUGAUAGAUGAUCUCUCUUUAAGAGCCAUGGAGGAAGGCCUUCUCAAUUUGUUUCCUGAAACCAGGUCAGAUAGUCUGAGUACCAAAGAAGAUACAGCUACGUUUCUCAGCAACUUGGAGAAUCUGUGGGGCGGUUUUGUUGACAUGCAUGCUGUAGCCAAGUUUCUAACAAAAGCUUAUCCGGUCUCUGGGAUACUGGACCACCUUACACAGGAUUUGCCUGAGAACAUUCAAGUAGGUGGACGAAUUUCCCCUCAAAUAGUCUGGGACUAUGUUGAAAAGAUUCGGGCUUCUGGGACAAAGGUGGGAAUGUUUAUUCUCUUAUUUCUCCUAUAAGAGAAACCAUUCAAAAAUUUUUUAUUUAAUCAGCAUUUCUAGAUGUAUUGUGGCCGUUCCAGUGUCUGUUGAAUUUUGACAAAAUCAGACACGUGACAAAGUCAUAUAACAAUGUAAAAGACUGACAGCAUGACAAGACACAUGAAAACUGUGAUAAAAAUCCAGGUUAUCACAUAAAAAAUAACUUGUACUGCUUAAAAGUGAAGAUGAACUAGUUUUCUUUGCAGUAU